AUGGAGCGAGAUUGCUUUUGGUUUGUUCGCAAGUGUCAUCAGUGUCAAAUUCAUGGUGAUUUGAUUCACUCGCCACCUUUAGAGAUACAUCCUAUGUCUGCUCCUUGGCCAUUCAUUGCUUGGGGCAUGGAUGUAAUCGGUCCAAUAGAACCAAAAGCUUCUAAUGGGCAUCGCUUCAUGCUGGUCGCUAUUGACUAUUUCACCAAAUGGUCCAUUAUCACAGACAAUGCAACCAAUCUCAAUAGUCAUCUAAUGAAGGAGGUUUGCGAGCAAUUUAAGAUUAUGCAUCAUCAUUCUACCCCUUACCGUUCCAAAGCAAAUGGAGCCGUUGAAGCAGCGAAUAAGAAUAUUAAAAAGAUUCUUAGAAAAAUGGUCCAAGGAUCUCGACAGUGGCAUGAUAAAUUACCGUUUUCUCUUUUAGGAUAUUGUACAACUAUCCGUACAUCGACUGGCACAACUCCUUAUUUACUAGUCUAUGGGACUGAAGCUGUGAUACCCACAGAAGUCAAAAUUCCCUUGCUUUGA